AUGGAUGAGCUAGCUGAAAGUUACAUCGAUAGUUUCGAGCUGUUUAUGGAGGGCCAUGAUUUGCAGCAGUUGCAAAGCUCAGUGGUGAAAUCGGAGCUGGAGAUGUGCUGUAAUAACAGCAGCAGUAGCAGUGCAGCCUCCUCGCCUGGCCCAUGUUCCGACGCAAGGGUCACAAAUCAGGUCAUCAUGCCGCUACAAGAACCUGACAGCCCAACUCUGACAGCUGUUACCGGUAGUGUGGGUAAUUUCAGCAGUGGUCAUAGUUCUCCUACUUUGCCUGUACCCACGUCCCCAGCGCCUAUCUUACCCCCUUCCCAGACAUCUCUCCCGUCCCCAACUCGGUCCUUAUCCAGUUUUGGCAGCACGUUCGGUGAUAGAGGAUACUUCGAGGAUUGGUUCUUAAAACUAGGCUCUCAAUGUUCUUCGGAAGGAGGGACCUCGCUUGUGAGUAGCCAAGAUGUGAAACCCAGUUUGGACGACAUUCUACGAUCGCUGGAACCGACCAAAGUCCACAAUCCCGUAUCGCCUUCAAUCAAGUCUGAACCUCAGGACAUUACAUGUCGGGGCAAUAAUGAGUUCGAUUUGGAUUACGAUGAUGACACUGAACUGGAUGUUGACGAUUCCAAAAGUGUAGCUAGUAGCUCCUUCGCCUCAUUUCAAACUUCUAGACGCAGCUCUACCCGGUCUCCAGGUCCUCCUCUGUCUCCAGAAAGUUCGGUUAUCGAUGACGAUGAUCUGGUGUCCCUACCAGUCCGGGAGUUGAACCGACGCCUCCAAGGCUGCCCCAAAAAUGAGGUGCAGCGGCUGAAGCAGAAGCGACGUACCCUCAAAAACAGAGGGUAUGCCCAGAAUUGUCGCUCUAAGAGGAUGCAGCAGAAAAGUGAGUUGGAAAUAACAAACAAAUCCCUGCUUCAGAAGAUUGCAGAUCUAAAGCGGCAGCUUCAUGCGUCCAUGAGAGAACGCGAUUUCUAUAGGCAGCGUUGCCAUCUGCUUAAAACUGAGCUGGUACGUGCAUCUCAUACAAGCUUGGCCAGUCUGCAGAAGGAGCCAGAUGUUGCAGAAUUCCUCGCCAAAUUAUCCCAAGAUGAUAGAUCCUGCUUCACAGAUAGUUCAAACUCAAAGGCAGCCCGCAACACCAGUGAGAAUUUUCUCAUUUGA